UCCGGGCGCCGCGGCCGCCAUCUUGCUCGCGCGGAAGCUCCGCGGCUGGGUGGGAGUCCCGGAGCCGGCGCGUCGCGGUCGGUGCGGCCGCCGCUAUGCCGUCGUCGCCGCUGCGGGUGGCGGUGGUGUGCUCGAGCAACCAGAACCGGAGCAUGGAGGCGCACAACAUCCUCAGCAAACGGGGAUUCAGUGUCCGGUCCUUUGGAACAGGAACCCACGUGAAGCUCCCAGGACCAGCACCGGACAAGCCGAAUGUUUAUGAUUUCAAAACUACAUACGACCAGAUGUACAAUGAUCUCCUUAGGAAGGACAAAGAACUCUAUACGCAGAACGGCAUUUUACAUAUGUUGGACAGAAACAAGAGAAUCAAGCCCCGGCCAGAAAGGUUCCAGAACUGCAGAGACCUGUUCGAUCUGAUCCUCACCUGCGAAGAGAGGGUGUACGACCAGGUGGUGGAGGAUCUGAACUCCAGAGAGCAGGAGACCUGCCAGCCGGUGCACGUGAUCAACGUGGACAUCCAGGAUAACCACGAAGAGGCCACGCUGGGGGCGUUCCUCAUCUGCGAGCUGUGCCAGUGUAUUCAGCACACAGAGGACAUGGAGAACGAGAUCGACGAGCUGCUACAGGAAUUCGAGGAGAAGAGCGGCCGAGCCUUCCUGCACACGGUCUGCUUCUACUGAGCCGCCCGCCCUCCUGAAGCCGACUUUCUGAGCUUCCUUUUGUUAAUACUUUUCCUCCCUGAUACCUGUUUUUACUUUAAGGUGUUCUGCUGGCGGACAGCAGCAGUGCCCAAUGAACUGUACAUACAAAAUGAGAAGAUACACAGACACCAGAUUAAACCAAAUUCUUUUCUUUCCCGCUUCUCCUUAUGAGUGGGAUGUCAAUUAGGAAGUUUUCUUUCUUUAACCAAAAACGUAAACAACGGUUUAUAGUACAUUUUCCCCAUACAUUUGUGGCUCUCGUUGUGGUUCCUCCCCUGUGCCCCCCAGACUUGCUGGAAUGUGCAGAUAACCUGAAUGAAGCCGCGCACUGUCUCACUAGCAGAGAACCUGCAAUCGUCCAAUAAAUAGAUGCUGCUGCCUUU